CGGGGGGUUGUGGUGCCGCCGGCGCCUCUGCGCGGCCGGGACAGGCCCGGGGACGCGGCCAGGGGCGGGGGCAGAGAUGAUGUGAGCUGAUGCAUUAGUCUUCUAACAUGUUGUAAUGAGUAUCUGUGGUAUGUCUGAAGGACAGAUCUCCUCUGUGUUCUGAAUGUACCAGGUUGUCCUCAUGAGUACUCCAGUGGAGAAUGUCCAUGAUCAUCUUUGCCUGUGUGGUGCGGGUGAGGGAUGGGCUUCCCCUCUCAGCCUCCACAGAUUUUCAUUUCAACCAAGACUUUCUAGAAUGCAGAAGGAGAUUAAAGGCAUUAUCAUCAGUUCUGGCACAGUAUCCAAGUCGAGGCACAGCAAAAGGACGUGACCUUAGCAUACAUUUUCUUUCCUCUGGGGAUAUUGCCUGCAUGGCAAUCUGUUCCAGCAAUUACUCAACCAUCAUGGCGUUUUGCUUCCUGGAAGAGCUUCAGUGGGAAUUUGCGGCUUCCUAUGAUACAACAAGCAUCAAUGUAGCUUCCAGACCAUAUGCUUUUCUUGAAUUUGAUAACGUUAUUCAGAAAAUCAAGUGUCAUUUUAACCAUGCAAGUGGCUCUCAUAUGAAGUCCAAAUGGGAGAAGAUUCAGGAGGAGCUGAAGUUCCAGCCCCCAGUGCAGCUAAAACUGGAGGAUACAGAGCUGAUGAAUGGGAUGGCUAAUGGUGGGCAUGCAGAAGUUCAUGUGGAGGUUGUGCCCACUUACAGAAUGCAGCGUGUGACUCCCCUGGGCAUUCUCUCUCUCGUUCUGAACAUCAUGUGUGGAGCUUUGAAUCUCAUUCGAGGCGUUCACCUAGCGGAGUAUUCAUUUCAGCAAGACCAUGAGGGACUUGGAAAUGUGAUAGCUUUUUUUCUACCUUUUCUAGCCUGUGUUUUUCAGUGUUACUUGUACCUCUUCUACAGCUCUGGAAGGAAGACAAAGACAUUUGUACUCUUUUUCUCUGUUUGCGUGUGCAACAUUUACUUGUACGGAUUACGGAACCUCUGGCAAAUAGCCUUUCAUGUAGGAGUGGCAUCUCUUUCUUCGUAUCAGAUACUGACAAGGCAGCUGAUGGAGAAACAGCCUGACUGCGGCGUAUGAAAGAGACCUCGGGAAACUGUUUUCUGGUGACUCUGUCUGCUCUACAAAAUGUCUCAUGCCAAAGAUUUAUUUUCCUUUCACAUAGUCUCUACCUCUAGUGGUUGCAAAGAGAUUAACAUGAUGCAGAAUUGUCUUCCUGCAUUUGCAGAAAUGCUUAACAAAAUCACUUCUUUGCAUCUUGGUGAGUUGUUUCUGAAACCAUAUAAUGCAAACAUUUAUGAGUAGUACUAGACUGCUAGACCAGAAACCUCUGGUACUGUAUCUCAUAAGGCUACAAACUCUUCAGCUGAAAGCAAUUCUGUGAUACAGCUGCCUGCAACAAAGGUGUAGAUCUGCAGCCCAUUACAAUCUGAAAAUAGUUUCUAGGACGUCAGGAGACUUGGUGCCAGAACUUUUUCCAGCAGUAAAAUGUGGAUAUUUCUCUUCCAUCCCAUGCUAGCCCAUUUCCUGUAACAAUAACGUAAAGAGACCCUUUAAACUGUGAGGAAUAGUCUAAUAGAAGUGAUGGAAGAAUAUUUAUAGCCAGCCAGUUUACCAAACAGCUAGAACUGUGUGCCAUCAGAGGAAUACUUUUCUGUUGGAAGGAGAUAGAUUAAAAUUAUUUGUUGUAGACUGUAGCAGAAAACAGGUUAAGUGGAGAAGUGGAGCCAACACUAAACCACUGUCCUUGAGACGCACAGAUAUGGGACGUUUAAUAUUGACAAGCUUUAAAUUGCCAUAGUGCUCAGUUCCUGUUCUACUUGAUGAGGUACUUUUUCUAUGUGAUUGGAGACUUCAGGGGCCUACGCCAUGAGAUUAGAUUACCAGUAAAAAGAAAAAAAUCUUAAAGAAAGACACUCCCCAGCAUCUCAUACUGGAAGCUGAUGCCUUGGUAAGGAUACUGGAUCUGGUGACUGUGGUUUUGGUUAGCUGGGGAGCCUAAACUAGGUGUCAUUCCACUGCAGUAUGAAGAGGAAUCUAAUCCCGCAGGGAAAGGAUGAAGCGUUUUGUCCUACAAAUGGAUAAAAUUUUGUGAAAGGAACCUUAGUGACCUGUUCCAGCUCCCAAUUCCUACCAGAGUCCAGAACAGUGUUACUGAUUCUCCAUUGAGUUGACUAAAGCUAGUCUGCUGUAGCUUAAGGCGAGCAACAUUAACAACUGGCGCUUGAGGCCAGUGAACCGUUACCUUCUUUCUGUUCCUCAUGCUCGUACUGAGUUGAUUGGAAGAAAUUAUAAUGUUCCUAGUGCUUGCCCUGGCAUUUGACUGUUUGCUUUGUUGUAAAACAAAUAUAUCCCUGUGCCAGAUAAUGUUAGCAACAGUUCUGCAAUAAGAAAAAUGGUGGUAGAACAAGGUGUUUAGAGAGCUUUUGUAAUUAACAUAUUUAGAAUUGGUAAAGAUUAAAUUCAGCUUUUGUUUAAUACUUUCCUUUUCCUUCAACUGUUUUGUUAAAACCAAGCAAAAUCUGUUGGUACAAUUCUGCCUUCCAUAAUGUAAUUUCUUUUUUCUUUGUGGAUUACUUAGUAGAAAGGAUUCAGUUACAUCCUCUAAAUGAACAAGGCUGUGAUUUGCUGAUAGUCUUAAUCCCUUUGCAACCUUUUUCUGUCAUAUGUGUAAACCAUAUUAAGGAAUCUACAUUGAAUAGUAUGUACGCACUUUGUAGGUUUAGAUUGUGAUUGAGGGACUAGGCAGAGGAAGCACUAUCUGAUAUAUAUGUAUUUUUUUUAUCAGUAUUUAGAAUGGCUUCUACACCUGUAUGGUAUUUAUACAAUUAAAGCUUUUCUUAUGCUGAAACAGCAAGAAGAAUAGAAUAAUUUACAUUGAUCUUAGUGCUUUGAGAUUUAAUAAAAAGAACGACUUGCAGUUUGAAUACAUGAAAUCUGACUCAUAAUUCCUUCUUUUUUUUUUUUUUGACUUUAAACUAUUUAAUGUAGUUUGACUGGUGUCUCCUUAAUUCUGUCAGAUUUCAAGAUAUUUCCUUUGGAAAUUCUAUUCUUCAGGCAGCAGUACAGCACAAGAAAACUGGCAAAGAAUAAACUCCCUUAAUUUAAAGAGUUGAAGUGCUAAGUCACUUUAUGAAAAUGACCGUCUUCUGUCUUAGAUUUUUUUGGUUUUGUUUUUUUUUUCUGCUUCCAAAGACCUGUUAAGUUUAUGGAAGGUUUAUCUUUUAAACUAUUUUUGCACUGUAUUAAUAACUGAACCUGUGUA